AUGGUUAUAUUUUUCGGUAAGGGUGUCCCAAUUGACAAGCUACUACCAACAUGUGAAGGCACACAGGGCGAAGUACACACUAGUGCAGCGCAAACCGCUGCGCUAUAA